GAGAAGAUUACCAACCUGUCAUCACCAAAUUAGUUGUGAAAUCUGGUUGUGUAUCUAUUGAGUGGGACCUGGGUAAAGCGACAUCAGGGUUUAUUGAGAGAUCUGAAGAUAAACUUAAAUGGAUUGAAAUCAAAACUGUGAAGGCUAAGACUGGUUCUUACAAGGAUCCUGGAUUACAACCCCAGACUACAUACUAUUAUAGAAUACAAGUUGACGAUGACACAUCUGAUGGUUAUACCGUCUCUAUAAAUACUGAAGGAGACAUUGACUCAUCCAAGAAUGAAGGAGUUUCUGGUGAGGACAAGUUCAAUCAAAUGCUUAUUGAUGUCUCUUCUGAUAUGGGGGAAGGUAAUCUUUAA